GCCGCAUUGAACAAUGGAAGUGGCCGUGGGAACCGAUCACGUCGCCGUGGCGCCGACGACGCCAACGUUCUCCAUGUGGGCUGGAAAGACCAUCGUCGAAGCAGGAGACCUGGUGGUCUUGUUCGAGACGCACAACAGCAUCACGUACGCGUACGUGAAACCUGACGAGAUCUACCAGAACCGCCACGGGGCGUUUCACCACAACGACAUCAUCGGCAACCGGUACGGAGCCAAGGUGUAUUCGCGCAUGUCCAAGGGGUACAUCUACAUCCUCUCACCGACUCCUGAGCUUUGGAGCAAAGCGCUGCGUCAUCGUACGCAGAUCGUGUUCACAUUGGACGCCAGCGCCAUCACGUUUCAAACCCAUUGCGCCCCUGGGAAGAUCGUGAUCGAGUCCGGGACUGGCAGCGGCGCGCUAACGACGGCGUUUGCCCGCACGGUCGCACCCCAUGGACAUGUGUACACGUUCGAGUUCAACGCGACACGAGCCCAAGUCGCCAAGGAGGAAUUCAUCGCGAACGGUUUGGAGAACGUUGUCACGAUCGAAUGCCGCGACGCGUGCGAACAAGGGUUUCCCGAGCAUUUGGCGGGUAAGGUGGACGUCGUCUUUCUGGACCUCCCGUGCCCGUGGAAAGCCGUGGGUCACGCCAAGAAGAUGCUCAAGCAUCACGGCGCGUUUGCGUCGUACUCGCCAUGUAUGGAGCAAGUCCAGCGCACGUGCGACGCGCUCCGAUUGGAUGGCUUCGAUCGCGUCCGUACGAUUGAGACGCGGUUGAUGCCGUACUCGGCGCGCACGGUGGCGUUGCCAGUGCCGUCGUUCGAAGUGGAGUACCAACGAGUGAAGCGAAAAGCCGUCGAAGACGAAGUAGAAAAUGAAGCGGAUAAGCCCAAGACAGUGACACUGGCCAAGCGCGACGAAGAAAUGCGAGGCCACACGGCGUUCCUCACGUUUGCGUACAAGUUCUAGGCCAAAUUAACUGGACGAUUUUGCUACUUUAGAAAGCGAUUACUCCGGAGUACAACAACAGUGGAUGACUGCCAAAAAUCUCGCAAACG